AUGUCCAUUCUUCAGGCCUCGGCUGCGGAGGGCGGCCCCGGCAACAGCUCAUUUGACUUUUUGGCAUGCGAGGGUAAUGAACAGCAGGUGUGGGCGGAGGUGUACCUGCGGGAGUUUCCUGACCUUGAGAAGUUUGGCGCCAUGACGAUGGAGGAGCAGCGCGAGGUUGUAGCGGGGCUGCAGGAGGAGGUGGACGUGCUGGAGGAGGAGAUGCGAGUAUUUGUGCGUCAGGCCGACUCUCUUCGCGUAGAGCGCCCCGUGGCUGUUCUUACCACCCCACUCACAAGCAUGCGAAAGUCGCUGUCCGCGUUUCUUCUCGCCGAGAAUGCCUUGCCGGGGGUGGAGGAGAGCAGCGCGAGUGAGUCUGUGGUUCUGGUGAAUGGUGAGGGCGGCGGCGAGGAGGUCGCGGCGCCGCCGAACGUUCGCCGUGGUCAGGCCUACAGCCGCAAGUUGGUGGACACCACUGACGUGUACGUCGCUCUAGAGGACCGCGUGGCGAUGUUUACCAAGGAAAGGGAUAGGCUGCGGCAGCAGCGGGACCGGGAUGAGCGGGAGGGGGAGCACCUCCGCAAUUUACUCACGGCGACGGUGAAGGAGGCUGUGGGGCGCUCCAAGGAGCUUCGGCUGGAGCUGCUGCAGCUGCAGCGGGAGGUGCUUAACGAGGGCAGCAGCACCGCCUCCUCGGAUGACCUGCUGAGAUUUAUGGAUAAACGCUACGACAGGCAGGCAAAGUAUUUGGACAAGUUGAACGUUCAGUGUGCGGCGGCGGAGCGAAAAAUCACGCAGACCCAGCUGCAGAUACGCCAGCGCCAUGCUGCGGGGGAAGCCUUUCAUGCGAUUGACUUUGAGCAGCUUCGCAUAGAGAACCAGCAGUUUAACGAGCGCAUAGAGCGGAAGAAUUUGGAGUUAGUGGAGUUGAAGGGAACCUCAACCCGCACCGUGCAGACGCUCAACUCACUUAUGGACACACUUAACGGACUCACUACCGAGCAGAACCGCCUGCGAAAGGACCUAAAAAGCCGUCGUGAGUAUUUGGCACGGCUGCAGCGGGAGAUGGUUUCCGUCGCCCAUGAGGCGGAUGUUGCGGAGCGUAAAAACGCCACCAUCAAGGCCCAGCAUGAGGCGGUGCGGGUGCCAAAGAUCGAGCACUACGUGGCACAAAAGGCUGAGGAGUACGAGCUCAAAAAGGCGCAGCGAAACUGGAAGCGCAAGGUGGAGAUUGCCGAGGGGCAGUUAUGCCUCAUUCAACAGCAAAUACGCACGCUGGCGAAGGCGGUAGAGACCCCACGGAGGUGGGUCAAGGAGUUGCGGCGUCAAAUGGGAACCCCCCCAAACUCUUUCACAAAGAGUGCGGCACGAGGCGGCGAAGGUGGAUCGAUGUAUACGGAUGCGGAGGGAAAGUAUGAGGUGCAGGUCAAGCUCGAUGCCGCGCCUGUCGUUGGUGGUAGCAAAGCACUUUUGGACAUAAAGCGGAAGAGGUGA